UAGCGCGGCGCCCAACAACGCAAUAGUCGAGCAGGGACCUCAACACCGCCAAAAGAAUACACUGCAGCUCCCAAAACUUCGGGAACAUUCGCAGCUCUCCUCCUCGCAACCUUCUCCUCUUCCAUCCAAGCCCUCUGCUCUGCCCCCCAGCCCCGGCAUUGCAUCCAUAAGACCCUUCUCUGCCAAAUUCCCAGUUCCCGACCGUCAAUUGACGCACAGCUGGCCACGAUGCCCUCCGCAGCGCCCGUCAACGGCACUACGCCCCAGCAAGCCGCUACCUCGUCCAGCGAUGGCCUCACCCCCAACGACAACAUCCGUCGUUUCGCUGCCCCCAGCCGGCCAUUGAGCCCGCCCGCGGCCCACACGCUCUUCCACCCCAAGACACGCUGCUUCGUCUAUGGACUACAGCCCCGUGCCGUGCAGGGCAUGCUCGACUUCGACUUCAUCUGCAAGCGCAAGCAGCCCUCCGUUGCCGGCAUCAUCUACACAUUCGGCGGUCAAUUCGUUAGCAAAAUGUACUGGGGAACCAGCGAGACGCUGCUGCCCGUCUACCAGACGGUAGAGAAGGCCAUUGGCAAGCACAGCGAUGUCGACACGGUUGUCAACUUUGCCUCGUCGCGCUCCGUCUUCCAGUCCACCAUGGAGUUGAUGGAGUUCCCGCAGAUCAAGUCCAUUGCCAUUAUCGCUGAGGGAGUGCCCGAGCGACGCGCCAGGGAAAUUCUGCAUGUUGCCCAGAAGAAGGGCAUCACCAUCAUCGGCCCCGCCACCGUGGGAGGCAUCAAGCCUGGCUCGUUCAAGAUCGGCAACACUGGUGGCAUGAUGGACAACAUCGUGGCCUCCAAGCUCUACCGCCCCGGCUCCGUCUCCUACGUCUCCAAGUCGGGUGGCAUGUCCAACGAGCUGAACAACAUCAUCGCAAACACCACAGACGGUGUGCUCGAGGGUGUUGCCAUUGGUGGUGACAGAUACCCGGGUACCACCUUCAUCGACCACGUCCUCCGCUACCAGUCCGACCCCAACUGCAAGGUCAUUGUGCUGCUCGGUGAGGUCGGUGGUGUUGAGGAAUACCGUGUCAUUGAGGCAGUCAAGUCUGGCGAGGUCACCAAGCCAAUUGUUGCCUGGGCUAUUGGUACCGUCGCUGGCCUGCUCAAGACCGAGGUCCAGUUCGGUCACGCUGGUUCCUUCGCCAACUCUCAGCUCGAGACUGCGGCGACCAAGAACAAGUCUAUGAGAGAUGCUGGCUUCCACGUGCCCGAGACAUUCGAGGAGCUGCCUGGCACCCUUGCUGAGGUCUACCAGACGCUGCUCAAGGACGGCACCAUCAAGCCCAAGCCUGAGCCAGUGGUUCCCAAGAUUCCCAUUGACUACUCGUGGGCACAGGAGCUGGGUCUUAUCCGAAAGCCUGCUGCCUUCAUCUCCACCAUCUCCGACGACCGUGGCCAAGAGCUGCUGUACGCUGGUAUGCCAAUCUCUGACGUCUUCAGGGAGGAGAUUGGCAUCGGUGGUGUCAUGUCUCUUCUUUGGUUCCGCCGCCGCCUGCCCACCUACGCCAGUCGCUUCCUCGAAAUGGUGCUCAUGUUGACUGCCGAUCACGGCCCCGCUGUGUCUGGUGCUAUGAACACCAUCAUCACCACCCGUGCUGGCAAGGAUCUCAUCAGUGCCCUGGUCUCUGGUCUCUUGACCAUUGGCUCGCGUUUCGGUGGUGCGCUCGAUGGCGCCGCUGAGGAGUUCAGCAAGGCCUUUGACAAGGGUCUCAGCCCUCGUGACUUUGUUGACAGCAUGAGGAAAGAGAAUAAGCUGAUCCCCGGUAUCGGCCACAGGAUCAAAUCCCGCAACAACCCCGAUCUUCGUGUCGAGCUCGUCAAGGAGUACGUCAAGAAGAACUUCCCCAGCACCAAGCUGCUCGACUAUGCCCUUGCCGUCGAGUCGGUGACAACGUCCAAGAAGGACAACCUCAUCCUCAACGUCGACGGCUGCAUUGCUGUCUGCUUUGUGGACCUGGUCCGUAACGGCGGUGCUUUCACCAACGAGGAGGCCGAGGACUACCUGAAGAUGGGUGUGCUCAACGGUCUCUUUGUUCUUGGCCGAAGUAUCGGUCUGAUUGCCCAUUUCCUUGACCAGAAGAGGCUGCGCACUGGUCUCUACAGGCAUCCUUGGGACGACAUUACGUACCUCCUGCCUUCGCUGGCUGGUGGUGCGCCAGGUAACGAGGGUCGUGUCGAGGUCAGCUUGUAGAGCGAGUCUGAGGAAAAGGGAGGGGGCAAGAUGAUAUCCGGUUCUUGGUCGCUUGAUAGCACGACCUGAACAGACGUUUUGAGCGCGGUACCAAGUUCUCACACAGACUUAUGGGGCCAUUGUAGCA